UCCCUGACUGAUGCACGGAAGCAGUAUUAUUGUUCUGUUUUCCAUGAGCAUCAGUGAUAACUUAGUUGACUAACAAGAUUUGAGUGUUACAGUCCUUGGGGCAGGCGUGUCGUGCUGGAGUUGAAUCCUACUUAACUAAACGACUUUCUCAAUGUGUUCCAACUGUCGGUGUUAGUCGACUUUCUUUAUGUGUGUACAGUAUUUGUUUCCAGUGUUUCUUUACCUGUCUCGGCAAACAAGUUGUUUGGACAAUCGCCAGAAGAGACAAUGCUGUUCUACAAGGAUAUAUAAGAAGCAGGAUUAUGUUUUACUUCAAACUAGAUACAUCUAACGGGUGGUACUUAGUCUCAGUCUAAAACCCAGAAAAUUUGGAUACUCUAUUUGGAUUCUUAAAAAGCCUCACGGAGUUUUGGCUUUACAAAGAGAGACACGUAGUCACGACGUUACAACGAAUAUUAUCAGCCCGGCAAGUCAAAUGGUUUCCCCCUGGACUAAAGAUAACCGCCAUUAUGGAGUAUAUCACAAGGCACUGCCCAAUAUCAAAGGAGACAAUUUGCUGGACACAGACUUGGACCUCAACAACGGAGAUGUCUAUUCCACCCAGGUGGUCGAAGCUCCUGAAAAGGGAUGCUGCUAUGCCGACCCCAUCUCUAACAGAGGCAGGUUUAUUCAGAUGUUCCGGGCCAUUGGAUUGAUGCUCAUACCUCUGAUAGCCCUGGUCAGUCUCGCAUGUUACUGGAUGGUCACCAACGUCAUUGUGAUGAGUGAUUUAGAAAAUGAUAAAGUGAUGGUCAACAAAGGUCAAGCUGUAGGCAAUAUCGCAUACGCCCUUCAGCUCGAGAGGGCGAGUGUUGUGUACGCCCUCGAAGAAAGGAACAUGAGUUUACUGGCCGAACAGUAUGCUUUCACGAACAGAGCAAUACGAGAAUCAGCGUCCUUCCCUACCAUAUGUUGCCAGGACCACGAGCUGUUCAUCCGUCAGCUGGAGGAGCACAGGAGUCAGAUCAACGUGAAUGCUUCCCACAGAACACAUGACGAAGUCGGUUAUUACAGCGGUUUCACCAACUGUUUUCUGAAAGUGCUGAUGGGUCUGGCCAAAGACAUGAACCAUGGCAGCGUCUGGCAAGAUUAUGUAACCUACAAAAUGCUCCUCAAGGCACAGGAGAGUGUCGGUGUUCUCCUGUCUAUUGGAAUCACUUUCUUUGAGAACGGAAACCUAACUUUGGAAGACUAUAACUUACUCAGAGAUGAAGACGUCACUGCGCAUGAAUACAUUGAGAUCGCCAUUUUGUUCUCUCCUUACGCUGAAGAAAUGUACACCGAGUUUAACGUGACCAAUGCUGAGGCCUGCCAAAACUUGAAAGAAUACCGGGCCGCCUGGACGGUAAACCAUUACCCCAACGCGAGUGCAGAAAAAGGUCGCAAGUUUCACAAAAGUGUGAUGGAAUACUUCAACCUGAUUGCACGAAUCAACAGAGCACUCAGUAAGAAGGUACUGACCAAAGUGGACGUCGAGAUCACUACGUCCAUCAACAUGAUGGUGGUAGCCUGCAUGGUCUUCAUCUGCGUACUUAUCAUGACCCCCAUUUUGGUCAAACUCAUGCAUACCUUGACCAUGUCCAUACAGAACUACGCCAUUGAAGCUUCCCAUAAAUCUCAUCAGUUGAACAUUGAGAAGCAGCGCUCUGACAGUCUGCUGUAUCAGAUGUUACCCAAGUCAGUCGCACAACAGCUCAAGAUGCACAAAACUGUCAAUGCGGAAUACUACGAAAUGGUAACCCUGUUUUUCAGUGAUAUAGUCGGUUUCACGAGAUUAUCGGCUGCAAGUACCCCACUCCAGGUUGUAGUGUUACUGAACAAAUUGUAUCAAGUAUUCGAUGAUAUUCUGGACCAUUAUGAUGUGUAUAAAGUGGAGACCAUUGGAGACGCCUACAUGGUGGUCAGUGGCUUGCCCAACAGAAAUGGCAACAACCACUGCGCUGAGAUCUCUCUGAUGGCCAUAGAACUCCUCAGGACAACCGUAGACUUUACCAUUCCUCACAUGCCGCAUAGGACAAUACAGCUAAGAAUUGGUUGCCAUUGUGGUUCUGCGGUGGCCGGUGUCGUUGGAAACAAGAUGCCAAGAUACUGCCUGUUUGGUGACACGGUCAAUACAGCAAGCCGCAUGGAGUCCCACGGCGAGCCUAACAAGAUCCACAUCAGUGAUGCCAUGAACAAUUUGUUAAUGAAAAUCACAGGAUUUAUUACUGAAAAAAGAGGUGUCGUUGAAAUUAAGGGCAAAGGUUACAUGGAGACGUAUUGGUUACAUGCUACCGAGAGACCCCUUAGAACAUUAGCCAGCAACGGUAUCAUUCUUCCAGACGUGACGAAGAACCACCACCACAACACAAGCAGGCAGAAGAGCUCCAGCAAGGUAAUCUACUCUGUUCCCACGGUCAUAUCAGAACACUCAGCUUGGAACGAAGAGGAGCACCAGCAGCCAUUGGAGGCUGACCACACUACACCACUCAGUUGAAUCUAA